AUCAGAGGGACAGUAACUAGCACAGCAUACUAUCAUCUUGAAGAUACACUCAGGAAGAAAGUAUACGAGCUGCACAGGUCUGGCCAACAGGAUGUUUCGGGUCUCGCACGGCCGUCAUCGUGGACUUGGGAAUCUUUCAACAAUAUGCAGCCUACAUAAUAGCUCGAGGCGGUUGGCUACGACGAGUGUCAAGGGGAAGGACGGGUUUAUGGCUGGAGAUGGGGUUUGGGUGAAGAGCCCUCGCGAUAUAUCGAACCACCUGGACAAAUACAUCGUCGGACAAGAUAAAGCCAAAAAGACCCUCUCCGUAGCCGUGUUCAACCAUUAUCACCGGAUAGUCCACUCGAGAGAACAAGCUCAGGCUUUCAGGGAAAACCUGGACAAGGAACAAGCUGCAUUGGAACAGGAAGAAGCUAGGAUAUCCGCCGCUUCCUCGGCUGCGCGAGUCGAGCUUGAAGAGUCGAGAAACACGGUCGUCCCCAAGGCUUCAACUAAGCGGAAUAGGGAUUCUGGCGGGGAGAGGAGGGAGAUCCGGAUCGAGAGUAGGAUCGUGGAGCCAGAUCCGACCAAGACGCAUGAGCCUUCGACAUGGACAGGCCGAAACUUCUACACCCCCGUAUUUCCUCCGAAUCAGCCGCCCAUAGAUGACGGGUCCGCCGUACGAAGGCCUUCAACCCUGCUAGGUCGUCUUUCUGGGGCGUUCGUGCAGAGUGUCGCUAGCGAUCGGGACCAUGAUGGCGUCCAGGCUGGUGGAUCGAGCACGAAUGCCGCGUCAGAAGAGCAGGAUGGAAUCGCAGCAGAUGAUCAGGAGGGAGGGAGGUUUGCCUUUGAGGACGUGGAGGAUGAUAUUGAUCUGGAGAAGAGCAACGUCUUGAUGCUCGGCCCUACUGGCUCAGGAAAGACUCUCCUGGCGAGGACCCUCGCUCGAAUCUUGGACGUACCCUUCGCCUCAUCCGAUGCAACGAGUUUCACCCAAGCUGGAUAUGUCGGAGAGGAUGUGGAGAGUGCCGUAGGAAGGCUGUUGAAGAACGCGGAUUGGGAUGUCGCGCGAACAGAGAUCGGAAUCAUACAUAUCGACGAGGUAGACAAGUUGGCCAGGCGAGGAGGAAGUGGGGAAGGCGCGAGUUGGGGAGGUAGGGAUGUCGGUGGCGAGGGUGUCCAGCAGGCCCUGCUGAAGCUACUAGAAGGAACUUCUCUGACGUUGCAAGCGAAGCCUUCACCUCAAACCGUAGCGCCUACCCCGCCUCCUCCAUCGGCUCUAAGCGGUUCGAUGUCAUCAACGCCACACACAUCAGCGGAAGGUCCAUCGGGAGGUAAGGGACUUGGUGCUGCAUCAUCAGAUUGGCCCGGGAAGAAGGGGAUCAGGGAAGGGCUGCCUCAGCAUGGUGCUGCUGGCGGCGUCGGGUCGUCCGGAGGCAACAAAGGCGAAACCUUCAAUGUAGACACCACAAAUAUCUUGUUCAUCCUUUCCGGAGCCUUCGUCGGGUUAGAGCAGAUAAUAGCUCGAAGGAGCAACAAGGGCUCUAUCGGUUUCAACGCCGUACUAGCCGAACCAAUAGCUGCGCCAGGCUCGGAACCAUUGGAAAAUAGCGACGCUCAUGCGGAAGAAUCAGCAAUGUCGAACAAAGAUCGAUUGACCGGGCUGACGAGCCACGACCUUGUGGAAUAUGGCUUCAUUCCAGAGUUUGUGGGAAGGGUACCGGUCCUGGCUCCACUUCAUCCCUUAUCCCUGUCCGAUUUGAUGCGAAUCCUUGUGGAGCCAAAGAACGCCAUCAUCAAGCAGCAACGAAAGCUAUUCUCCCGAUGGGACUGCGAGCUGCAAUUCUCGGAAUCGGCUCUGAGAGCUAUCGCAAAGGAAGCUCUUCGACGUGGUGGAAGUGCUCGACACCUAAAGAGCGUGAUUUCUGAGCUUCUCUUGGAGGCCAAUUAUGAAUCGCCUGGCUCGUCUGUAAGGUACGCAGCUGUGACUCAGGCGGUCGUCCGCAAAGAGAUCCCGGUUCUCUACUUCUCUCGCGGUCAGAAAUCCCUCUUCAACCGUGCCCUAACAGAAGACGACGCACCAAAGCCUUCUCCGAGUGAUUCUUCUGAACCUAAUCACUCUGAAGGCCGUUCUCGCACGUACGCUCCGAUCGAGGCAGACCUCGAUGUGGAUCCCGAACCUGCACGAGCAUUCGGAAGAUCGACAAGACCGAAUAUCGCGCAGCGAUCAGCCUCUUCGAUUUACGAACAUAGGCGAUUGUUCCACUCUGCCCGCAAUCUCGGUCAGCAGCAAAAUCAGAAGAACCGUCCGCAGCGGUCAACACCAGGGAAACCCAAGUCAAACGCCAAAUCGGCCAAAAGACGUCAGGCCAUUGCCUCGCAAGACCUCAGAUCCAGUCGAUCGGAAACCCGAAGUCCAGUAAUGCAAUGCAUUGCCUAUUCGACGGCCGAACGUUACGAUCUAGUUGCCAUAGCUCGAGAGCUCAAUCGUCAAGAAGUUCCCUUCACCCUGGCAUUCGAGCAAGAUAGGACCGAUCAGGCCAUCGUGGUCUCAGGCUGGAACUUCGGGCUCGGUGCCGGAGCUGACGCUCGGACAGAGGAAGCGAUCAGCUUGGCAAAGCUUGCCGAGGAAGCCGCAAGGAGAGGGGAAGCCAGCAGUACCAACGACGCUUCGCCGUUUUCGAUCGCCAGUGUCUCAUUAGAGCAGAAUCCGACCUACGAGCAAGGCAAGGAAGGCGAAAUUUGGAUCUUCAAAUCAGGGAGCUUCGUUACAUGGGGUAUGUCGCAUGCAGAAGGACGAACGUUUAUUCGCGAGGUUGUCCGUAAUAAGAGGGCUAGGAUCGAAGUCGGGCCCAUCCCUCACCACGAUAUUCAAACGGAGGAAGUAGAUUAUGUCACCGACCCUAGCGAAGAAACGAGAAUCAAAGGCAACUUGAUCCUGCUUGGACGUCCGCCUGAGCUUCAUUCGUUCCAGCAGUCUCCUACCUACGCCUCAUUCUUGACCCGGUACACGUUCUCAGUUGCUUUGGCACGAUCAUCGGCCCUCGCGUUGGUCGAAGCAAAGCUCAAUGCGCACCUCGAAAGCGUCGGCAAAGUCCCAGGACUCCUCGAAUCUACGGGAACACAGCCUUUGAAGAGGAAAGAAGUCAUCCGGAAGAUCGGAGAGCUGAUGGUACUUCGAGAGGCGGUCAACUUCCGCGGUGGUGGACUGGAAGACACCCCUGAAAUCUAUUGGUCCGAGCCCCAAUUGGAAUCGUAUUUCGACGCGGUUUCAAGCGAGUUUGAGAUGGAAGAUCGUAUUGAGACGAUCAACCAAAAGAUCGAUUACGCCAGCGAGGUGCAGAGCACGCUGCGAGCGCUCCUGACCGAAGGCUCCGCUCACCGUAUGGAAGUCAUCAUUAUCGCUUUGAUCGCUGUCGAGGUUGUUCUGGCAUUGAUCCGUGAAGGUCCGGAGCUGCUACAUAGCUUGACGAAUCUUCUGACCGGGUUUAAUUUGGUCAGCAAGCAAUUCGCUUUCCCGACGGCUAUCGCGGCGUUAUCAUCAUGUUCGGCGGGAACUCAGGCUUCACCUUCGCGAAAUCCAUUGCCGAUUGCGUAUCACGUACUUCAGCACCCUUUGCCAUAUCAAGCCGGUCUCGAACUACAGAACGCAAUCAUACAAGCUCGACUAAAAGCCAAGAAAGAAGAUCCGACCAGUGAUCUGGCUCUUCAGGACGUGAUCCUCUUAUUAGAACACACACCAACAUACACCACGGGCCGGCGAGAGGCUCAAGCCGGAGCAUUGCACCCGGAGGAAAAAAAAAUACAGAACGUCGGCGCAGAGUUCCAUGUGACGAAACGGGGCGGACAGGUUACCUUUCACGGUCCUGGACAACUAGUUGGUUACCCAUUGAUUGAUCUGCAGCGAUCCGAGGUGACCACUCGAUGUUACGUUUCAUACCUGCAAGACAUACUGGCGUCAUAUGCUCGCGAGCGGCACGGUCUCGAGGUUCUCGCCCCUCACCCUGACGAUCACGUUGGGGUGUUUGCGAAUGCAAACGAGAAGUUGGCCUCGAUCGGUAUUCAUAUGCGCCACCGCUUCACGUCACACGGAUUCGCCAUGAACGUAACGAACCAGCCGCUCAGCUGGUUCAACCUCGUCACGGCCUGUGGACUCGAUGACGUGCGAGCCACUUCGCUACAGAAGAUGCUGCCAGACACGAGCGAAACCACCGUCCGAUCGGUCGCAGAGGAUCUUAUGCCAUAUUUCUCUCGGAAAUUCGGUCGCGACGUGGUCCCGUUGACUACCUUGAGCGGUAUGAACGCCGGGGCCGAUACUAUCACAAAGCUGAUCCGACAAGCCGAGAAGGAGGCUCAGGGAGAACCGCUGGAAAGUGGAAAGACAUGGCCGGAACGACCAAUGAUCGAGGCAUCCACUUGAUUACCGCUCCAAGCUUGCUGAUGACGGAACGACACUUUUGACACCAUUCAUAGACAUAAAGGUUCUUGUUGUACGAGUAGAGAAAAUGACACCUUGUAGUGAUUAGUCAGACAUUGCAUUGCUCCUGAUCCAGUCUUCGUUCA